AUCUACUUCGGGCGCUGGCUUAUCGAGGGCAGUCCCUACGUUGUUCUGAUUGAUGUUGCGUUCACUGCCUGGUCUCUGGACCGCUGGAAGAGCGAGCUAUGGGAGCUCUGUGAUAUCGGCGUGCCUUGGUUCGACCGCGAGGCCAACGAUGCCGUGCUGUUUGGCUUCCUGACGGCCUGGCUACUGGGAGAGUUUGCCGCUCAGAGUGAGGAGCCUCCACACAUCGUGGCACAUUUCCAUGAAUGGUUGGCCGGCCUGGGCCUGGUGUUGUGUAGACACAGAAAGCUGCCUGUUGCAACCAUCUUCACGACUCACGCUACGCUGCUGGGACGAUACUUGUGUGCUGGAAAUGUGGACUUCUAUAACAACCUUGCAGAGUUCAACUGUGAUAAGGAAGCAGGCGAUAGACAGAUCUACCAUCGCUACUGUUUGGAGCGGUCGGCUGCUCACUGUGCUCAUGUCUUCACCACUGUGUCGCAAAUUACAGCCAUUGAGGCCGAGUACCUACUCAAGAGGAAACCAGACAUCAUAACUCCCAACGGGCUCAAUGUGAAGAAGUUCUCAGCCAUGCAUGAGUUUCAAAAUCUCCACGCUCAGAGCAAGAGCCGGAUUCAGGAGUUCAUCAGGGGACAUUUCUACGGGUCAGUGACCAAACAACACACACUUUACCAAACACUAGAAGAGAUGAGUGAGGACGAAUGUUGA